UAUAUUUAGUCUACCUAAGGCUACAAGACAUUAUGUAGAGUACCUGUGUGCGUGCAGAUGCGAAGCUGAGAUGCCCACAAUAUGUACCUACAGGUAGCGCACUGCGCACUUAGCACUUCUGGCAUAGCGCGUAGUUGGUCGUCGGCGGGGGGUUCUAGGCCUUGGGGUAGGUAUGGUACAGUGCCACCUCUGUAGGUACCUAGGUAGGUCAAAGGUACCUAGGUAGGUCAAAGGUACCUAGGUAGGUCAAAGGUACCUAGGUAGGUCAAAGGUACCUAGGUAGGUACCGGUACGUGUGGAAGAGCAGAUCCAUCCUCCUGGAGCCGCUGAGCUCACUCAGUUAUGACGUUACAGCAUUGCAUUGCGUCGCGAUAUCAGGCACACGGUCCUCCUCACAUUGGUAGAUAUAGGUAGUAGUAUAUAGUAUCUACACGUCUUCAAGCGCUGUAGCCUAGGCAAAUAUAAAUAGACUAUCUAUAAAAUACACGAGUGGCUACCCAGGCUGGUCUUUUUGAUUCUCAUACCUGUUGGUUCCGUCUUACAGUCCAGUCUGUUCGAGCCUGUCAGCACCAAACUGAUGGAUGGAUGAGCAGGGAUAACCCUCCCCUCAGCCGAUACGUCACAUAACAUAACACCACUCCCAAUUGACUCUCCUCUCUACAAAAUAAAGCCAACCUUAAUUAACUUUACCUUUUUCUAACGUCACCUCUUUCUGUCUCUCCGACGAUCCAGCAAGAUAUCCUCGUCAUGGAGUCAUUCGCAAAGCUCAAACGCCGCGGGACCGACCUGCUAAACUCGCUUCCGCACCAGAUGCCUUCAAUGCCUCACAUAGGCGGCGGACAUGGCAUGAAAGGAACCUGGCAGCACAUCCCGCUUCCUGCACUGCCUCGAUCAUCCCACUCACUCGAUGUCGUUGCCGGCAACGCCUACAUCUUCGGCGGCGAGGUCGAGUCUCGCAAGCCCGUUGACAACGAUAUGCACGUUGUCGUGCUACCCUGGAGCGGUGCCCCAGCUGACUACUAUGCCAUCAAAGCGAAACCCUCGCCCAGGACAGACGACAGCGCCAUACCUGCGGUUAUCACCGAGGAAGACGAAACCGACUCGCAGCUCAGAGACCCGCUCACCGAGGUUCCGCUCGGUUCCUCAACAUCAACACCCGAGGUCGAAUUGGAACCGGAUUCCUCCUCGAAGGGCAAGGGCCCCGACACUGGUGAUGUCCCUGCCCCGCGUAUCGGACACGCCACAGCAGUGAUUGGAUCGCGCAUCUUCCUCUUUGGCGGGCGAGCCGCAGCCGCAGGAUCGUCAACGUUAGACGAGAAUGGCCGAGUCUGGAUCUUCGAGACCAAGACGCACACCUGGACAUACCUCGACCCGCACCACAGCAGUCCAAUUCCCCCACCACGGAGCUAUCACGCCGCCGUGGCAACAGAGAAACCGCGCGAUUUCGCAAUCAAGCCGAUGCGCCUUCGGCGCUCGUCAACGUGGAAAGAAUGGGCCGAGGGCGACUCGGCCGAGGUCGGCAUCCCGCAGCGGCCCAUCACCGGCACAAUUGCUGAAAAGGCUACGGACGACGAGGCUUUCGGAGCGGGAUUCGGCACCUUCUUCAUCCACGCAGGCUGUCUAGCGGAUGGCACGCGAACCUCUGACGUCUGGGCUUUCGACGUGCACGCGCGCACGUGGAAACAGCUCCCCAACGCCCCCGGCCCAGCCCGCGGCGGCACCGCUCUCGCUCUCGCGAAGAGCAGGUUAUACCGCUUCGGCGGGUUCGACGGGACGCGUGAGCUCGGCGGCCAGCUGGACGUGCUGCACCUCGGGCUCGACGAGUUCGACGACCAGAACAGUAGGGGCGAGAUCGGCGUCUUCGCGCGCGGGGAGUGGGAGAGCAUUGUGGCGCCCUCUUCUCUGCCCGAGGGCAGCACACUCGGCAGCACUGCAUCUUCGGAAACAGCGGGGCUCACAGCCUCUUCUGUUGGGACGACGAGCGAGCCCUGGCCCUCCCCCCGCAGCGUCGCGAACCUCUCCCUGGUCCAAGCCGGCGGUGGCCGCGAGUAUCUCGUCCUCGCGCUCGGCGAAUCCAGCCCCUCGACCGACGGGCACGAAACCCCAGGAACUUUCCACUCUGACAUCUGGGCCUUCCAGAUCCCUGCCCUCGCGGGCACGGCUGCGAGCUACACCGAUGCCUUCCUCAGCUCCGUCGGGCGCAAGACGGGCGAGGGCCGGUGGUACCCCGUUUCCAUCGGCCCGUUCGACGCCGACGAGGAGCGCGACGUGCAAGGGCCCGGCGCCCGCGGCUGGUUCGGGGCCGCGCCGUUAGGAGAUCUCGAGGAGAACGCGAUUUUCGUCGCCGGCGGACUGGGCGAGAGCGGUGCGCGGAUGGGCGACGGGUGGAUCUUCCGACUCGAAUAAGAAGGCAGGUGGGAAAGUGUAAAGGAAAUGAUGUCUAUUACUGUUUACGAUUACGAAAUUUGAACUGCUUUGUAAGGGUUUCGGAAUAUGUCAUUUUUGUCAUUUGUUUACCGGGUUACGGCGACAGAAUGAAAUGAAGGCCUUGGAUUUCUACGGCACUCAAUGAACCAACAUUCUUACCAAUGAGAAGAGGAUAAAACGGGGUUGAAGUGAUGAAAUAAAUCACUAAAGUCAAGCGAGGAUCUAGCGAAGCAGAAAAAAAAAGCAAAGAAAAAUAUGGACAGAAUCAUGAAUGAGUGUAUCGUCAAAGCUUUUCAAACGGGAAUAUUCGAUCGAUACAGGUGUGUUCUAUGUAC